AUGUCUUGCGAGGUUUGGUUGUCCCCAGUGCAGCAACAAACAAUUAUAUUUAUAUUGAUACAACUCGAAAGUUGUAUUGCACUUAAUAAUGGAGUAGCGCCUACGCCAGGUAUGGGAUGGUCAACUUGGAAUAGAUAUGGAUGUAAUAUAAAUGAAUCUGUUAUUAUAGACAAUGCCAAUGCAAUGAUUAAAAGUGGUCUUGUCAAUUAUGGUUACGAAUAUAUUAAUAUCGAUGAUUGUUGGGCAGUAGGAAGAAAUGAAUCAACAAAUGAAUUAAUUGCAGAUCCUGUUGCAUUUCCAAAUGGUAUUAAAUAUAUAGCAGAUUAUUUACAUUCAGUUGGUUUAAAGAUGGGAAUUUAUACAGAUGCUAGCCCAAUCACUUGGCAAAAACGUCCUGGUAGUUUUGGUUUUGAACAAUUAGAUGCUGAUACAUUUGCAUCAUGGGGAAUUGAUUAUGUUAAAGAAGAUUGGAUGAAACAAUCAUUUUAUAAUUGGACAGGUGAUCCUAUUGCAUUGUAUACUAAAAUGUCAGAUUGUUUAAAUGCAACUGGAAGAGAUAUCUAUUUUGCAGUUUGUGAAUGGGGUAUCGACAAUGUACAAACAUGGGCACCUGCCAUUGCAAAUAGUUGGAGAACAGCUCCCGAUAUCAAGGAUGAAUGGACUAGAAUAAUGGAAAUUUUGGAUCUUCAGCUGCCACUGACCAAUGCAUCUGGUGUAGGCAGUGGUUGGAACGAUAUGGAUAGUUUGGAGGUUGGCAAUGGUAACAUGAGUACCAUAGAGUACACAACUCACUUUUCUAUAUGGUGCAUGAUGGCAUCACCACUUAUCAUGGGUAACGACUUGACAAAUAUGGAUGAUGACACCUUGGCCAUCCUCUCGGCCACUGAAAUGAUCGAAGUCAACCAAGACACUCUCGGCAUUCAAGCCUACAGAGUCUAUCAAAACACGAGUGAAUCGACUGAAAUCUAUGUCAGACCUUUGGACGAUGGUACUCAUGCCGUCAUGCUACUCAACAGAAACGACAAUGACACACUAAACAUUGAGCUCGAUCUCGGCUUGCUCGGUCUUCCAACCACCCUCAAUUGUCUUAUUCGUGAUAUUUGGAAGCAACAAGAUUUGGGUGUCUAUAGUGGUAGUUAUAUUUCUGAUAAUGUACCUCCUCAUGGAUGUGUAGUAUUAAAAGUUGUUUGGAUGGAUUAA